AUGCAGCCGAGCGCAAUAGGUGCCAAACCGCUCUCGGCUGCCCGCUUGUUCCAGCCUACCCCAGACGAUCUUCGGCUCCUGGUAUUGGAUUACCUUUGCCAAAACUCAUUCUCAAGUACUGCCCAUGCAUUUAUGAUGGAUAGUGGCGUCAAGCCCUCCAAUGCUGACGGCGACGAAAUCAUGCCACUCACUAUCCAGGACGGCGGCGCUGCUACCAAUGUAGUUGAUGAGAAACUUGCGAUUGGGGAAUUACGGAAAGCCAUUAAGAUACACAUCUUGUCUGGCCAGGUCAACGAGGCCACGGAACUCCUCAAUGAGCAUUUCCCUUCCGUGCUUUCCGAAAGCUCGGAUUCUGGGCCCAGUGGCCAUUCUGCAGAUGGCUUGAAAUAUAUUCCGUCCGCCUCCGUUAACCCGGUCCAUCUCGCACUUAAUUUGCACAUCCUUGCCUUUAUUGAGGCCGCACGGACGGUCCCGCUUCCAUACUACCCUCCAGGCGUGAUCCCCCCCGCUUCUGACUUUAGCAAAGCAGUCCGCCCCGAUAUAAUUCGACAGGAGGAUCCUGAGGAAGCCAAUGUGCAACUUCUCCAUCGGGCGCAAAACCUCUACUCAGAAGCCAUUGGUCUACCGAAUCCAGAUGACAGAGGCAAGUAUUUGCGCGAACUCGCUCAAGUUGGCGGGCUCCUGGCGUACAAAGUGCCCGAGUAUGGCCCCAUGGCAUCAUAUAUGACCCAGGACAGGAGAGACGCAGUUGCUGAUCAGAUUGAUGGUGCCAUUCUCUACAGGACCGGACAAUCUGCGGUAUCCACAGUGGAGCUCGCCGCACGACAAGCCUCUGUCGUCUGGUCAACAUUACAUGAAAUAAAGGUCAGGGCUCCUCCUAGCAUUGCUUGGCCUGCUGGAUUGUUACUGCCGGGCCUCAAGGCAGCUCAGUCGUCAGCAGCUGGCAGAUCCGGCGACAUUGAUCCUAUGUCGACCGUGAAGAAACCUGGCGCUGAUGGCGGUCCCGCCGAGAUCUUACCGCCAUUCGAUCUACACGCAUUUCUGGAUGCCGGUCCAUGA